UUUCUCUGCACCACCAAUGACGACCAACCAAGCCGUCUCCGUCGCCGUCGCCGAUCGCAGGCCACUACCGCACCUCCUCGUCUUCCCCUUUCCAGCUCAAGGCCAUCUCCUCCCUCUCCUCCACCUCUCCACCCACCUCGCCACCCGCUUCGCCUUCUCCAUCACCGUCAUCAUCACCCCUAAAAACCUCCCCUUAAUUCAACCAUUCCUCUCCUCCAGCUCCCAAAUCCACCCUCUCGUCCUCCCCCUUCCCCCUUCCUCAUCCCUCCCCUCCGGCGCCGAGCACAUCCGCACCCUCCCCGACGGCACUCCUUCCGCCGCCCUAAUCCACGCCCUCUCCUCCCUCCGCCCUUCCAUCCUCCGCUGGGCCAAAUCCCAAUCCAACCCCCCUUCCGCCCUCAUCUCCGACUUCUUCCUCGGCUGGUGCGUCAACCUCGCCGCCGAUCUCCAAAUCUCCCACGUUUCCUUCUUCUCAGUCAGCGCUCUUCUCGCCGCCAUCCUCCACCCCCUCUUCCUCUCCCUCCCUCCCCCCUCUUCCACUCCCGUCUCCGUCUCCCCUUCCCUCCCCUCCUUCCCUUUCCCCCACCUACCCUCUGUCUUCCGCCGCUACGUCGCCGGCAAUCCCGAUUGGGAUUUCACUCGCGAAUCCUUUCUCUCUAAUUCCCUUUCCUCCGCCGCCAUUUUCGACACCUUCGACUUCUUCGAUUCCCAUUACCUCUCCCAUCUCCGUUCCUCCUCUUACGCCUCCGGCCGCCUCUUCGCCGUCGGCCCAAUCCCCCCCGCCGUUCCCGAAUCCGACAACAGCAACAUUUUCCCCUAUCUCGACUCCUGCCCUCCUAACUCCGUCGUCUACAUCUGCUUCGGAAGCCAGUUCACAACGGAGCCGGCUUUGGCGGCGGCAAUCUCAGCCGGGCUCGAAUCCAGCGGCGUGAGAUUCGUUUGGGCGGUGGGGACGGCGGCGCCAGAGGAAUUUAAUGGGAAGGGGAAGGUGGUGAAGGGCUGGGUGCCGCAGAGGGCAGUGCUCGAACACGUGGCGGUCGCUGCAUUCGUCACACACUGCGGGUGGAACUCGGUGUUGGAAGGGUUGGUGGCGGGAGUGUUGUUGCUGGCGUGGCCGAUGGAGGCGGAUCAAUUUGUGAACGCGAAGUUGUUGGUGGAGGAUGCCGGAGUGGCGGUUAGGAUUUGCGAAGGGGGACCGGGGAAGGUGCCGGAGGCGGCGGAGCUGGGGAGGUUGAUUGGGGAGGCAGUGGAAGAGGGGAGUUGGCCGGCGUUGAGGUUGAAGGCGGCGGAGAUGGCGAGGAAGGCGAAGGAGGCGGUGGCGGAAGGUGGUUCUUCUUUUCUAGCUAUGGAGGAAAUGGUGAAGCUCCUUAAACAGGCUACAACCGAGGAUUAAUUAAGCUACUAAAGGCUGUAGUUUUCUUAUUUAUCAAUAAAGCUUGUAACUUUACUUAAAUUUUUUUGGUGUUAAGUUCUAUCUUAUCUAAUAUGUAGGCUCUUAAGGUGGUGUUACAGAGGAUUUUGUACUGCAAUUUCUUCAAUAAAAAUUCUGGAAAAUAAGCAUAUUUGGAUCA